UCAUGCACUGUCUUACGUUAUCCAGAUCAAUGGAGCUCCAUGUAAUUGUGGUGAAUGUAAGGAGCGCGCGCCGUUAGCCUUAGCCUAUAGAUAUGUGCGUAUGUGCAGGUGGGGCUGCGCUACAUCGCGAUGAUCGCUGCGGCUUUUCUGGUUUUACUGAGACCCCUGAGCCUUCAGUGCCUGCUGCUGCUGAUUUUGCUUCUGGUGGGAACGGUGGCCACGAUCGUGUUUCUCUGCUGCUGGCAUCGGAGGCUUCGCCAUGAGAAGAUCCCUAUAAAAUCUGUCUUCUCGAGGCGAUCGAGGAGUCGUGAAGCUGGUCUUCGGACGCAUCAUUUUCGAUCUGAGGGUUUUCGGCACAGCCCACGCCAUGGCCGGAGAAGUAUAAGAGCCCGAGUUUGUGAAGAGCGGCCUGUGGUUGAUCCAGCAGAGAGUGAGCCAGACACCAGCAGUGCUGUGAGGAAGCGCAAAGUGACCAAGAGAGUGCAGCCUGAUUUUUAUCACUCCGUCCAAGUAACACCCACGCGAAGACCAAGCUCAGGAUCCGGGAACGCUUCUCUGCGUUGCUCAAUGUCUUCAUCGGCUGAUUUCUCGGAUGAGGACGACUAUAGUGCGAGGUCGGGGUGUGUGUCGCCGGCACCCGGAGACACACUUCCGUGGAAUUUACCCCGGCACGAGCGCUCCAAGCGCAAAAUCCACGGCGGCUCUGUGCUGGAUCCGGCCGAGAGAGCCGUGCUCAGGAUCGCAGAUGAAAGAGACAGAGUGCAGAAAAAGACAUUCACGAAAUGGAUCAACCAGCAUCUCCUCAAGGUACGAAAGCACGUUAACGACCUAUAUGAGGAUUUGCGAGAUGGACAUAACCUGAUCUCAUUGUUGGAGGUCCUGUCUGGUGACAAAUUGCCAAGGGAGCGCAAUUUUCUGAAGACGUUACGGUUGGUGAGUUCAGCUGACGCAUGCACGGUUGAGCAGCAUGGCCGUGUGCAGAAGGAGGAGGAUGAUGGUGGUGGUGAUGAUGAUGAUGAUAAGGGGCCUCGGGAGAAAGGCCGCAUGCGCUUCCACAGACUGCAGAAUGUACAGAUAGCACUGGACUACUUAAAAAGGCGGCAGGUGAAGCUAGUGAACAUCAGAAAUGAUGACAUCACAGACGGCAACCCAAAGCUGACACUGGGGUUGAUAUGGACCAUAAUUCUGCACUUUCAGAUUUCGGACAUCCAUGUUACCGGAGAGUCCGAAGACAUGACAGCAAAAGAGAGGCUUCUGCUCUGGUCCCAGCAGAUGACCGAAGGCUACGUAGGGGUCCGCUGUGACAACUUCACUACUUCUUGGAAGGACGGAAGGCUGUUCAAUGCUAUCAUUCACAAGUACAGGCCUGACCUGGUGGAUAUGAGCAGAGUAUCAACACAGAGUAGCAGAACAAACCUGGAGCAUGCAUUCACUGUGGCUGAGCAGCUGGGUGUGGCCCGUCUGCUGGAUCCGGAGGACGUGGACGUCACAACUCCAGAUGAGAAGUCCGUCAUUACCUACGUAUCAACAUUAUAUGAUGUCUUCCCUAAAGUACCGGAGGGUGUUGAGGGCAUCAGUGCAAAUGACGUCGAUGUUAAAUGGGUGGAAUACCAGAAUAUGGUCAAUUACCUCAGCCAGUGGAUCAAACAUAACGUGACUGUCAUGUCAGACCGAAACUUUCCCUGUAACCCUGUGGAACUUAAGGCACUUUAUUUGCAAUAUCUGCACUUCAAGGAGAGUGAAAUCCCACUAAAGGAGAAUGAAAAGACCAAAAUCAAGCAUCUUUAUAAAAUGUUAGAGGUGUGGAUCGAGUUUGGUCGCAUUCAUUUGCCGGAGGGUUACCACCCUAACGAUGUGGAGAAGGAAUGGGGCAAGUUGAUCGUGGCAAUGCUUGAGAGAGAAAAGAGCCUAAGGCCUGAGGUGGACAGACUUGAAAUGCUGCAACAAAUCGCAGACAGAGUUAAGCGAGACUGUGUGGCUGGAGAAGACAAAUUAGCCUUAGCGCGGGCAUCUCUGCAAUCUGAUAUAAAAAGGUUAGAAUCUGGGAUCCAGUUGCAGAAUGAGCCUGAAAUUGCAGGAUACCUGCUGGAGUGUGAGAAUUUGUUGAGACAGCAAGUGGUUGACAUCCAGAUUUUACUGGAUGGGAAGUUCUACCUGGCAGAUCAACUUGUUCAAAGGGUAUCCAAGCUUCGUGAUGACUUGCUGACCCUCAGGACAGAAUGCUCCUCAGUGUACAGCAAGGGACGUAGCCUAAGCACGGAACAGACCAAGAUGAUGAUCUCCGGCAUCACGCAAAGUUUGAACUCCGGCUUCUCUCAGAACUUGAACGUGGGUCUAAGUCCUGCCCUCUCCACCAGCUUUACCCCAGCCAUUACACCAGGACUGACACCAGGACUGACCCCAGCACUGACUCCAGCCAUGACCCCAGGGUGCGGAUUGACCCCGGCACUGAUACCUGGCUUGCAGCCUACUCUGAGAGUCGGAGGGUCCAUGGAGCCAGGGAUCCUCCAGCACAUGAAACACAUGCAAAUCCGCAAGCCGAUGCUCAAAGCUUCAUUAGUUGACCCCAGCUUGUCUGAGGAAGAGGUCAAUAUGAAAUUUGUCCAGGACUUGCUUAAUUGGGUGGAGGAGAUGCAGGUACAGCUUGAUCAAGGCGAGUGGGGAUCUGAUCUACCGAGUGUUGAGUCUCAUUUAGAAAAUCACAGAAAUGUUCACAAAGCCAUCGAAGACUUUCAGAUGAGCAUUAAGGAAGCACAAAUGAGUGAGAUUCAGAUGACCCACCCACUAAAGCAAAGUUACUCGGACAAGCUGAGCCUUUUAGAAAGCCAGUAUGGGAGGCUACUUAACUCUACUAAAGAGAGACAGAAACACCUGGACAGCCUACAUAACUUUGUGUCACAUGCCACCCGAGAGUUAAUUUGGCUUAAUGAGAAAGAGGAAGAGGAAGUAGCGUUUGACUGGAGUGAACGCAAUAGCAACAUCUCCAGGAAGAAGGACUACCAUGCUGAUCUGAUGAGAGAGCUGGAUGAGAAGGAAGGGGUGAUUAAGUCAGUCCAGGACCAAGCUGACAUCCUUUUACAACAAAACCAUCCAGCUAGGCUUACUAUUGAGGCAUAUAAGGCUGCCAUGCAAACACAAUGGAGCUGGAUCCUGCAGCUCUGCUACUGUGUGGAGCAGCACCUGAAAGAGAAUGUUACUUACUUUGAGUUUUUCAGUGAUGCCAAAGAGUCUAUGGACUACCUUAAAAGCCUGCAGGAUUCAAUUACAAGGAAGUAUGGGUGUGACCGUACUAGCAGCCUGCAUAGACUGGAGGAUCUUAUUCAGGAGUCUAUGGAUGAGAAAGAGCAGCUUCUUCAGUACCGCAGCACUGUGGCUGGUUUGGUAGGGCGGGCCAAAUCUAUUGUUCAACUCAAGCCCCGCAAUCCAGAGAACCCUGUCCGGACUUCACUACCUGUCAAGGCCAUCUGUGACUACCGUCAGAUCGAGAUUACUAUCUACAAAGAUGACGAGUGUGUGCUGGCCAAUAACUCUCACCGAGCUAAAUGGAAGGUAAUCAGCCCUUCAGGGAAUGAGGCCAUGGUACCUUCUGUCUGCUUUACCGUGCCUCCGCCCAAUAAGGAGGCAGCCGAGAUGGCUAGCAGGAUUGAGCAGCUAUAUCAGAAAGUGCUCGCCCUGUGGCACCGCUCUCAUGUGAACAUGAAGAGUGUGGUGUCCUGGCACUAUCUGAUGAUUGAUAUCCGCAACAUCCGCAAAAGUACUGUUGCCUCUAUUAAGACUAUGCUGCCUGGCGAGCACCAGCAGGUCCUGAGCAGCUUGCAGUCCCACUUUGAGGAGUUCCUGGAGGACAGCGAGGAAUCUGAGGUCUUCACAAUGGCAGACUGCACUCAGCUAGAGAGAGAGGUGCUGGCUUCGAAAGAAUUCUAUGAGGAAUUGCUCAAAUCUGCAGAGAGAGAGGAACAUGAGGAAUCCGUGUACAACCUCUUCAUAUCUGAGGUCCGUAAUUUCCGCAUGCGCGUGGAAGCCCAUGAGGAGCAACUGAUUCGGCAGAUCCGCUCACCUCUAGAAAGAGAUGACUCGAAGGCCAUUAUGCAGCGCAUCACUGAACAAGAGAGAAAGAAAGCAGAGUUGGACCGGUUGAGUGAGGAGCUUGUGCUGCUAAAGGAGAAGUGUGAGGCAUUCCUCAGACAGGCUGCUAACUCUCCAUCAGUGCCCACACUGUCCUCUGAACUCAAUGUGCUCACUCAGAGCAUGGCUCAGGUCUACUCCAUGUGCUCCAUUUACCUGGAAAAAUUGAAGACGGUGAAUUUGGUGGUGAAACACAGCCAAGGUGCUGAGGCUUUGGUCAAGCUGUACGAGGGCAAACUAUGUGAGGAAGAUGCAGUCAAUAGUGACAUCAGGUCUAUUGAUGCAGUUAUGAGCACUCUCAAGCAAUGGAGAUCUGAGAUAGAUGAAAGAAGAGAUGUAUUCCAUGACCUAGAGGAUGAGUUACAGAAAGCUAGAGCCAUCAGUGACCGUAUGUUCAAAACCCAUAAUGAGAGAGACUUUGACCUAGAUUGGCAUAAGGAGAAGGCUGAGCAGCUUGGAGAGAGAUGGCGGAAUGUCCACACUCAAAUUGAAAACAGACUUCGAGAUCUGGAAGGCGUCAGUAAGUCCCUGAAAUACUAUAAGGAUGCAUACAGUAACCUUGAUGAGUGGAGCAAAGAGAUGGAGGUCAAUCAGCUGAAAACUCAAGAGAACCAACCAGAGGACAGCAAAGCUUUGGCGGAGUUAUUAAACCAACAGAAGGUGCUUGUUGCGGAAAUCGAACGUAAGCAAAGUAAGAUCGAUGAAUGUCAGAAGUACUCGGAGCAGUACUCAGCUGGAGUGAAAGACUAUGAACUUCAGUUGAUGACCUACAGGGCCAUGGUGGACUCUCAGCACAAGUCGCCAGUGAAGAGAAGGAGGAUGCAGAGUUCAUCAGAUACCAUCCAGCAGGAGUUUAUGGACCUGCGCACUCGCUACACAGCACUGGUCACGCUUAUGACACAAUAUUUGAAGUUUGCAAGUGAAACGCUGAAAAGGGCAGAGGAAGACGAGAGGAAGACAUGUAUGGACAAAGCUGAGUAUAGGAGCUGGUUGGAUAGCAUGGAGGUGCAGAAAGUGGCAAGUGACGAGGAGGUACUCAGGCUCAAGCGGCAGAAAUCUGUUGAAGAGGAGAGAAAAGAGCACGGUGAUAAAGUUAGCAAGUUGUUAAAAUGGAUGUCUGAUGUGAAAUCGGAUGUGAACAAAAAUGGAAAGGCUGUAAGUGAUGACAAAGGCAGCACAGAGCGCUCUAAUAAGCCUCAGAUACCUGUGGAAGAAGCUUUGUCAAAGAAGGAACAAAUUACCGAAGCAAUAAAAAGUACAGAGCAGAUUCUCAAGCACAGUGACAAGAUGUCUGAGAAGGAAAAGUGUGAAGCAAAAGAACAGCUAAAACUCCUCCACCAAGCCCACAGAGAGAUCUCAGAGAUGUGUGUGAACCAGACACCCUCUGCUGAACAGGAGUUUGAAGUCAUCGAAGGCGUUCUCGAUGUGGGAAAAGGAGCGGUGCUGUCUGUAUGUCGUGCGGUGCAGACUGGCCUCAUUGACCACUGCACUGGGCUCAGUCUCCUUGAGGCCCAACUCGUAACAUCUGAACUCAUCUUACCUGAAUUCCACAUGUGUCUAGACUUGGAGGAUGCAUUCAGGCACAACCUCGUGGAUGAACCCAUGUAUAAGCAGCUCCAAGACUUGAAUGAAGCCAAUAAAUGCAUUCAAAGCCCACGGUAUGCUUCUGAAGCUUUGCCUGCAGUAGCUGCAGUGAUGGACGGAGCGAUUUCUGAGCGUCUAGCUGUAAAGAUCAUUGAGAUUCAGCUAGCAACUGGGGGCUUAAAGGUGACAUAUACUGGAGAUAAUUUAAGUCUUGAGAGAGCAUUUGAAUUUGGCCUAAUUCCCCAAUCUCUCUAUAUUCAAAUAUUACAAAGACAGAAUACCUGGAAGGAUCUGAUUGAUCCUAAUACAGCUGAAAAAGUUUCUCUUAUUCAGCUUGUACAGAGAAGCAUUGUGCAUGAGGAGACAGGGCUUCGUUUGCUGGCAGUGAAGUCUGGAGAAGAUGGAAGUAUAGCGGUUUCGUGUGGGAGAGAGGUCAGCAUUCUGAAAGCGAUGCAUGAGGGUCUGAUAGAUCGAGAGACCAUGCUCCGGCUGCUGAGUGCGCAGCUCUUUGCAGGAGGCAUAGUUGAUCCUAGAACAAACUGUAAGCUUACGGUAGAAGAGGCCGUAUCUGAGGGUCUUAUUGAUCAGGACACCGCCAGUGGAAUUCUGAGCCAUCAAGCACAGAAUGGUGGCAUCGUAAACCCUAAAACCGGGGUUAGACUAACAGUUGAUGAAGCUGUCCAGUGUGAUUUAAUGAGUUCCAGAAGUGCUCUGUUAGUUCUAGAGAGACAGAAAUGUUUCAUGGGCCUCCUCUGGCCUCACUCUGGUGAAAUCCUCACUGUCCCAAAAUCCAUACAGCAUGAAAUCAUCACUGAGAAACUGGCACAUGAGCUUUUGUGUAAUCGACAUAAAAUAGCAGCAUUUUACGUACCAGAGAACUCUGAGGUAGUUGAUAUUGACUCUGCUGCACAGAGCAAUUUAAUCAACACUUGCACAGUAGACUUUUUAAAAACGAUACAAAUUCCAGAUAUGUUCCCUGAUGUAGAUGAUCUCAAUGACAGAUUUUCGUCAUGGCUAGUAAUGCGUGAGCUUCAAAUCGAGGCCUCUGAAAGAUCCAGAGAAGGAUCGGAAGCUAAUGAAAAGAGUACAAACGCGCCAUCUUCAUUGGAAGCCGAACAGCUUUUUGUUUCAUUUCUAAUGAUGAACAGCUACAUGGACCCCAAAUCAGGACAGAGGCUUUUAAUUUUUGAUAGGCAGUUAAAUAAAAUGGCUAAAGUACUGCUAGAAAUGUCAGAAACGGACACACAUGCUAAUAUCCAUGAUUUAUCACUAGAUGAGGGCUUUCCAGAUGAUCCACACAUCACAGACACCGGUGAAUUGGCAGUUUUACAUAUUGAUGAGCCUUUACCAAGGAUAGCAGAAGGGAGUAUUUCAGAGAUGUCUACUGAGAGUGAUUAUUGUAUAAAAACUAUUGAAUCGGACAGGCUUACCACAGGGUCAGGUGAAGUAUUUAAUACGUCUCUGGAAAGUGCUAUAAAAGCUUCAGCAUCUGAGAUUAAAACAAGCGAAAGUGCACAUAAGGAUACGAGUACUGAUACAUGCCCAAAGUACCAGCCACAUGAGAUGCCUAAUUCAUUAGUUCAGGAAGGUACGCAUAUUUCACAAAGAGUUAAUCCUGGAAUUGUGAAUCAAACAAAUUUACUUUCAGAUGUGGAGAAGAAUGCAACUUUGAUUCCCAGAGAAAAUUCAAUUCAAGCAAGAGAUAAAGAUCCCACACAGUGCUCUGUCAGGUGCAGUAAAAAAGCUGAACAUUCUGAUUUGCUCUCUGAAUACACACAUGAAAGUGUGCAUGACGACAAGCUAGAAAGAGAUCAUGUGUUACGCCUUCUGAGGGACCAAAUAAAAGAGGGGGGCAUUUUAGAGGUCACCUCUGGAAAGCGAUACAGCCUCAAUGACGCCUUUGUUAGAGGUCUCAUCGACGAAGAGACCGUGUUAGAGGUACUCGCAUUGCAGCUUGGAAGGCAAAAUGUCACAAGAAAUAAAACCAUGACCAUGUCAGUAUUGAAACAAGCUGUGUCAGAAGGAUACAUAUCGUCUCACAUAGCUUUACAAAUCGUGCAGCAGCAAAAUUUACUUAGCGGUUUCUAUGACUCAUGUGGAAAAAGCAUCAGUACUACAGAGGCUUGUGGGAUGGGUUCGAUCACUGAUGAUAUUGGCAGAUUUGUCCUUGAUUUAGAAGAGGCCCAGAAGGCCCACACUGAUCCUAAUGGAAAAUGUGUUUCCAGUGUGUCUAAGGCAAAGUCAGUUUGUGAUAAUGAAGAUGAUGAUGUGAUGAGCGAUGAGAUUUCUGCUGUGGACUUGAGUGAAAAAUAUCCAAGUACUGAAAAUGCAGUAAGUAGGUCAGAAGAAGUUACUCCUCUAUUAACAAACUCAAAACAAAUGACCAGUAGUUUGGACUCAUCAUUUAUCUUAAAUACAGUUAGUAAUGAGGAGAUUGGAGAAGCUUCAGCACAAUUAAGCAGUGAAUUAGACUCAACGUCGUUGUUAAAGACACACAGUGAAGAUAAAAUAGAGAAACGCAGUGUUGAAAAUGUGGCUGUGGACUUCAGUGAAAACUGUCCAAGAACUAAAAACACAGGAAAUACAGAGGAAUUACAACAUUCAGAAGAAUCAACAAAUUCAGUUAGUUAUGCAGACAUGACUGUUGAGGAGUUAAGAGCUAAAAAUUCUACUGAAAAUGUAAUGAAAAGGCCAGAUGAAGUCAUUCCUCUAUUAGCCACUUCAACAGAAUUGCCUCAUACUUUAGACUCAUCGCUCAACUUAAAAAUGGUUAGUCCUGAGGAGCUUAAUGAAAACUAUCCAAGUAAUGAGUGUGGAUUAAUAAGAACAGCUAAAAGUAAUGCUUUAUUAACUAAUAUAACACAGUUCACUAGUAGCUCAGCAACUAGCUUAAAGACAGGUACUGGUGAGGAGUGUGAUGAUAAGAGUCUAAACACUGAAAAUGAGGUGACACAAACAGAGGAAGACAUCUUAGCAACACAAUCAAAACAAAUGAAUGAUAGCUUGGACACUUUAAAUGCAGCAAGUGACGAGGACAUUAUUGUUGGGGAUUUUAGUGAUAAAGGUCUAAAUGCUGAAGUCGAGGUGAAAACACUGGAAGAAGACAAUUAUCUGUCAGCAAACUCAGCACAAAUUAACAGUAGUUUGGACUCAUCAUUUAAGGCAGUCAGUGAUGAGAUCUUUCAUGAACUUGGAGAAAAAUGUCCAAAUACUGAAAAUGCAAUAAAUAGACCGGAAGACACUCAGCUAACAGCAAAUUCGAAACAAAUCACCAGUGGUGUAGAGUCACUGUUCCUAUUAAAGACAGAUAGUGAUGUGGAGAAAGAAAGCUUUGAGAUCCCUGUUGUGGACAUCAGUGAAAAAUGUACACAUACUGACAAUAUAGUAAAUAAAACAGAAGGAGACUCUCAUCUUUCAGCAAACACAAAACAAUUGGUCACUAGUUUGGACACACUGUCUCCCUUAAAUGUAGUUAUUGAUGAGAUCACCCCUGCAAAGUUCCUUGAAAAAUCUCCAAGUACUGCAAUAAAAAGGCCAGAUGAGGUCACUAAUUUAUUAACAACUUCAUCACAGUUGGCCAAUACUAUGGACUCAUCAUUUACUUUAAAGACAGUUGUUGAUAAGCUCACUGCUGGAGAGUUUGCUGAAAAUAGGACUGAAAAUCAAGUGGAAAGAUUAAAAGAAAACAUCCAUCCAUUAAUAAACACAACACAAAUGCCCAGACAGAUGGACUCACCAUUUUUGCUAACAACAGCUGGAGAUGAUGUAACUACUGAGGGGAUUGGUAUAGAAAUUGAAAUGAAAAGUACAGAGCAAAACAAUCCUUUAUUAUCAAACUCACUGGCACAAAUGACCAGUAGUCUGAACUCUGCAUUAUUGUUACCUAAAGGUAGUGAUGAAAUUCCUGGUGAAAAAUGUCCAAGUUCUGAAAGUAGCUUGAACAAAUCAUUCACCUUAAAAAUAACAAAUGAGGAGAAAUGUCCUAGUGCUGAAAAUGCAAUCAAAAGCACAAAUGAAGUGUCUCAAGUAUUAACAACUUCAACACAAAUUAACAGUAGUUUGGACUCAUCUUUCACCUUGAAGACAGACGGUGAUGGUGAGAUCAGCCAUGAAAAACAUACUAAAAAUGGUAAUGAAAAUGAGCUGAAAACAUCAGAGGAAGCCACCAAGACAGCACAGGAUAUAUAUAGCUUGGAUUCAUCAUUAAAUAUUGCUGAGAUCCCUGUUGAAAAGUGUCCAAUUAAUGAAAAUACAGUGACGAGAACAGAGGAAGCCAUUCCUCCAUUAAUGAGGAAUAGUUUGGAGUCUUUUAGCAAGAUCAGUGAUGAGACAUUUACUGAAAAAAGUCCAAGUACAGAAAAACCAUUGAGGACGAGUGUAGAAGGGACUGCUGUGUCAACAAACUUAACACAAAUGACCAGCAAUUUGGAUUCAUCAUUCACCCUAAUGACAGAUAAUUACCAGGACCUAAGUAAAAAAUGCCCAAGUACUGAAAAUUCAGUGACCAGAACAGAGAAAACCACCAGUUUAUCAUUAAACACAACAACGGACACACAGGACACACAGUUCACCCUAAAAACAGACAGUGUUGAAAUCCUUGUUGAAAACUGUCCACGUACAGAAAAGGAAGCUACUCCUCAAUUAACAAGUUCAACACAAAUGGUCAAUAGUUUGGACUCCUCCGUUACCAUAAAUACAGGGGAUGUCACUAAUGACGUGUUGGUUGAAAAAUGUCCAAGUGAAAAUGCAGAAGUAGCUUCUUUGGCAAAACAUGUAACUACUGGUCAUUUGUGCUUGGAUUCAUCAUUCACCCUUAUAAAAGAUAGUGAUGAGAUCUCUGCUGAGGAUUUCAGUGAAAAAUGUCCAAGUACUGAAAAUGCAGUGGACAGGACAGAGGAAGCCGUUUCUCGAUCAAUAACUUCAAUACAAAUGAUCAGUAGUUUGGACUCCUCAUCCAUCUCAAAAAGCAGUGAUGAUGCGUUCUGCAAAAAAUAUCCCAAUACUGUAAAUGCAGAAGGGACAUCAGAUGCAGAUUCUUUCUCAACAAACAUAACACAAAUGUCCAUCAGUUUGGAUUCAUCAUCAACCUUCUUGACAGGUCAUGAUGAGAUCCCUACUGAGGACUUAAGUAAAAAAUGUCCUAGUACUGAAAAUGCAGUGGACAGAACAGAAGAAGUCAAUCAUCUAUUAACAAGUUCAACACAAAUAAUCAGUAGUUUGAGUUCCACAUUAACCUUAAAGACAGAUAGUGCUGAUGGUGAGUUUGGUGAAAAAUGUCCAAGUACUGAAAAUGUAGUGAACAGAUCAGAUGAAGCCAUUCCUCAAUCAAUAACUUCAAAACAAAUAAUCAGUAGUUUGAGCUCCGCAUUUACCUUAAAGACAGAUAGUGAAGAGAGCACUGAUGGUGAGUUAGGUGAAAAAUGUCAAAGUACUGAAAAUGUAGUGAACAGAUCAGAGGAAACCUUAAAGACAGAUAAUGAGGAGAACACUGAUGGGGAGUUAGGUGAAAAAUGUCCAAGUACUGAAAAUGUAGUGGACAGAACAGAGGAAGGCAAUCAUCUAUUAACAACUUCAACUCAAAUAAUCAGUAGUUUGAGCUCCUCAUUAACGCUAAAGACAGAUUGUGAGGAGCGUUCUGAUGGUGAGUUAGGUGAAAAAUGUCCAAGAACUGAAAAUGUAGUAAACAGAUCAGAGGAAGCCUUAAAGACACAUAGUGAGGAGAGCGCUGAUGGGGAGUUGGAAGAAAAAUGUCCAAGUACUGAAAAUGUAGUAAACAGAUCAGAGGAAGCCUUAAAGACACAUAGUGAGGAGAGCGCUGAUGGGGAGUUGGAAGAAAAAUGUCCAAGUACUGAAAAUGUAGUAAACAGACCAGAGGAAGAAUUAAAGACACAUAGUGAGGAGAGCGCUGAUGGGGAGCUUGGUGAAAAAUGUCCAAGCAUUAAAAAUUUAGUGGACAGGACAGAGGAAGCCAAUCAUCUAUUAACAACUUCAACACAAAUAGUCAGUAGUUUAAGCUCCUCAUUAACCUUAAAGACAGAUCGUAAGGAGAGCGCUGAUGGGGAUUUUGGUGAAAAAUGUCAGAGUACUGAAAAUGUAGUGAACAGGACAGAAAAAGACACUUUAAGCAGCUCAACACAAAUUGACAGUUGUUUAGACUCCUCAUUCAACUUAAAGACAGUUACUGAUGAAACCACUGAUGAAUUUUUGUAUGGCAUAUGUCCUAGUACUGAAGCUGAAGUGAAAACAGCAAAGGAAACCAGUUGUCUAUCCGGAAAUACUGAAAAUGCAUUGACCAGGACAGAGGAAGCUCUGUUACACAACUCAACUGAAAUGAUCAGUAGUUUGGACUCAUGUUCAGUUAGUGAGUCAAUCACUGAUAAGAACCUAAGUGGAAAAUGUACUGAAAAUAGAGAGACUAGUCCAGAGGUCACCUCUCAUUUAUUAACAGGCACAACACAAAUGACUUCUCCGAACUCCAAAUUGCUCUUAAAGACAGCUCUUGGUUUUGAUCCAGGAAAACACAGUUUAGAGGAUCUCGACAGUUCAAAUUGUUUGGAUACCAAAAACGGCAUAGAUAGAAACCAUACAGAGCUGGGGAAUGUUCCAGAAAAAGAGUAUUAUCAAUCAUUAUAUCAAGCUCCGUUAACCAGUGUUGGUGAUGUGGCUUAUAAUGAAGCAGCAGUAAACCAGAAGAGAAGUUCUGCUGAGAGUGAAUCUGGCAUAUCCUGUUCAUUACAAAGUGAUAUUUAUUCUGAUGGAAGGAAAACAGAGAGCUUAGAGAAUACACACAAACAGCAUGGUGAACCACAACAAACAGUUAGUACAUUUCCCAUUGAGAGAGGGUCAGAGAGCAUAAAUGCUAUGGGAGAUAUCAAAAAACUAACAGAUCAUGAACCAUCUUUAUCCUCUUCUACAUUAGUUCAAUUGUCAGACACGAGAGCUGCUAGGAAAACAAGUGUGAGCCCUGAAUCAAGUGAAAAUGUGCAAGAUCAGGAACAGAGUGUACUGUCUCCGGUCGUAGAUAUGAAAGAAAGUCAAACAAAUAGGAACAAGAAAGAUCUGACUCCAUGUACAAUUAGCAAGUCUGGUGAAGAACCUGAGCAUGAGUGCAAGUCAGGGACAGUUAAUGACCAUGCAGCAGUAGUGUCCCAAUCCAGUCAUACUGGUGUCAGUGUUGACCAUAAGACAGUCAAUGAUUUUGACUUAUUCAACAACUCCGAGUCUAUGGACAUGUUUCAGGAGUGUCCCACCUCAGAGUUCCUGCCAGAUGUAAUUCUCAGUGAUGAUUCAGAUUAUAAGCAGCGCUUAGCUGAGCAAGAUGAAGUACCUGAUGCAGCAAGUGAGCUGUGCCUGCUGAACUCAGGCGUUAUCAUAUCCGAGACAAACAGAUAUGAUGCAGAAGGCUUGGAGAACAAAACUGCCAUCACUCCAGUGCACAUUAUAGGAGAAGAGUCUGUUCCAUUGAAGCCCAAUAUUCCACCAAUUUUGUCACACAAAGACUCCAAAAAUGUUGAACAUAAUGGAGAUAAGCUGUGUGCGAAUACUUCAGUGACAGAGAGUGAAUUUCCACCAGUUUAUUUAAAAGAAUUCGAACAAACCGCAGCAAAAGGAGCUGUAAAUGAGAUCCAGAGAAAGGAAAGGCAUGCCCUUGACAACAAUGAGAGCACCUCAUCCACUACAACUCAGCAUGACUCAAAUGUCACUCAGGUCCUUGUUGAGAGCAAAGGUCCAGCUUUGCUCAACGAUUUGAUCAAGCAUGAGGGAAUUCUUCCAGGGUAUGAAAAUCAAGACAGCUGUCCAUCUGAUGUGAAUGGUCAUGGUCAGGAGGCAAGUAGUCCAGUGUUAAUGCAGUCACAGCUUCAAGAGAUGCCUGCUAACAAAGAACCAGAAAUGCAGAAAGAACUUUCAGGUCUGCCACAGGGAACCACUGCUCAGGGAGAUGAAGGCUCAUUUAUUGAAGGUGUUGAAGUUCAGCUUAAAGCUGCUGCCUGUGAUGGUUGUGAGGAUGACAUCUUUCAAUCAGCUUGGUCCAGUCAGCAGAGCUCUAAGGCAAAUGUUGCAACCACUGAGGACGUGGAGAAGGACAAAUUUAGACCCAGAAAAUGGUCCACUCAGCAUUACUUAGAAUGUGUUGGUAAGCUCCAGGAUCACUAUGACACACUUGAAGACAUCAGGAAUGACUUCUUGACUCAAAGACCUUUAGCAAUUCAAAUCGAAGGUCUACAAGACCAACUGGAUGCAGCUCAGUCUUUGGAAGCACAGCUUGCUGCAUUUCCCCGCAUUUUGACCUCCGAUUUGGAGGUAGCUGAGCAGCUUUUAAAAUCUGCUGAUGAACUCAUCCCCACACAAGUCCAACACGAUUUAGCUACAGUUUUUGUCGAUUUGCAAGCCGCUUACACAGAUGUUUGCCAUUUAUCAUCUGAGAGACAUAACGCAAUUCUCCAGGCUAUUGACACAGCCAAGGCAAAUUUGGAGUGUACCUAUCAAGAUCUUCUCAGCUCCCUUGACAAGCUUUCAUCUUGUAUACAAGAUAAUUGUGAGGUGGUGUGUAAGCUUGACAUCAUGAACACGGACGACUUGGAGACAGUUAAAUAUAGGAUUCAACAAAACAAGGAUCUAGAGAAGAACCUAUCUGGCACUCGACAGAAUCUAGAAGAUACAGCAUUUGAUGUCCAAAAUUUCAUUUCUGAGCAUGCACAGUUCCUAAACCCAGCCCAGAACCGACAGAUGCUGAAAUCUCUCAGUGCUACACAAAGAGCCUUUAAGGAACUGAUGGAACGAGUGUUUACUCAGAGGCACACGCUGGACCUCCAUUUGGAGAUCCGUGAGGAUGAGAUUCAACAGCAGAAUGCUGUUGAGAAGCAGAAGGAGUUUGUAGCCAAGCUUCAGGAGCUGUGUGAUGACCUAACUCAGACUGAGAACCGUCUCAUCGGCCACCAGCAGCAAUCCAACAGUGCAAAGAGUGUGGGAGACCUCCAGCAGUACCAACAAGAGAACCAGGCUUUGCAGAAAGACAUCCAGGCUAAUGUAAAGGCCUUGAAUGAAGUCAUCAGUAGCACUAAGAAGUUCCUAGAGGAGAACCGGAGCAAACUGACACCCGAGCAGGUGGCGGCUAUUGAACGCAAGAUAGAGGAGGUGAAAAGCAAAGCCAAUAUGCUUAACCAGAGAGCGGAGGAAACCAGGAAAGAACUGGAGAAAGUUGUGACGACUGUUAUCGAACAGGAGAAGGAAAAGGUUGCAGCUGUGGAACAACUUGAAGAGACCAAAAACAAAAUAGAGGUUCUCUUAGACUGGGUGUCCAAUAUCGGGAAAGAAAAAGAGAUGGGAGGAAUGGCCAAAGAGAAUGGGAACAUGCCAGUAGAAGGAAAAAUAACAGGAAUGGAAGAUGACCCUAAUGGAAAUGCACUGGACGUUACAGAUAACACCUCACAGUGGACAGGUGAAGACACUAAAGAACUGGGUAUAGAUGAGCAAUAUGAGAGACUUAAGGCUCAGCACCAAGAGAUCCUCUCCCAGCAGCAAGACCUAAUCAUUGCCACCCAGUCUGCUAAGGCUCUGCUGGAUAAACAGGCAGAUGUUCUCUCUCCAUCUGAAAAAGAGAAGCUCCAGAAGGACAUCGAUGAGCUGAGGGAGCGUUAUGAGGACUCGCUCACCCAGGCUGAGCAGCAGAUGAAACAGAUGCAAAGUGUUCAGGAGGAGCUGCGCAAGUUCCAAGGUGACCAUGAGGAGUUUGGGGUGUGGCUGCAGCAGGCACAGGAGCAGCUGGCAGAGCUGGGAGCCCCCACUGGUCACAUAGAUGUUCUGCAGGAGAAGCUUCAGAAGCAGAAAAGCUUUUAUGAGGAUGUGAUCUCCCACAAAGGAGACUUGCGUUUCAUCACCAUCUCAGGCCAGAAAGUGUUGGAUGUGGCCAAGGCCUGCAGUCGUGGUGAGAGUAAGGAGAAGCAGGGAUUGCUUGACGUGGACACUUCAGGAACAUGUGCUGCUGUGAAGGAGAAGCUGGACUCCACCGCUACUCAAUACAAAGUCAUGCACACCCAAUGCAACCAGCUUGGAAACAAUCUCAAAGAUGUCGUUGACAAGUACAAGAAGUAUGAAGAUGCUGCUAGUGGCCUGUCGUCAUGGCUCAGUAGUUCUGAGGCAGAAGCGAGAAGGCAGCAGUCUGAACCUAUUGCUGCAGACCCCCAAACACUCCAGAGACAACUGGAAGAGACUAAGGCUCUUCAAGGACAGACCACUGGCCAUCAAGUGGCUCUGGAGACGCUACGCAAAGCAGCAGAUGCUCUCAUCACAGCAGAGGGAGACCUGCUAAACAACAGGGAUGAGAUCCAAGAAGCAGUUGAUGACAUUGUGGAAAGGUACGAUAACUUGUCCAAGUCAGUGAGUGACCGGAAUGAGAAGCUGCAGGUGACAUUAACACGCUCACUCAGCGUACAGGACGGUCUGGAUGAGAUGAUGAAUUGGAUGAAGAAGGUGGAGGAAAAUGUUGAGGAGGCAUCAAAAGUGCCCCUAGACUCAGCUGCUAUUGCAGAUGCACUCAGCAAAGAGGCAGCUCUGGAGCAGGACAUGUCUAGCAGGCAGAGCAGUAUCUCCACUAUGAAGGCCAAAGUGAAGAAGUUUGCGGAAACUGCAGAGCCAGCAGCAGCAGCUGCUCUCCAGGCAAAGAUGGAAGGACUGACGCAACGCUUUGAUAAUGCCUGCGUGAAGCACAAGCAGAAGAUUUCACUGAUGGAGCAGCUAAAGGACAAGGUAGAACAGUUUGAGAAGACAUCUGAGAAAGUCCAGGAGUUUGUGCUGAAACAUUCACAUGCUCUGUAUGAGACUGAUGGUCCUGGGAAAAAUGUAAAUGAGCUCUCCCAGCUGGUGCAGGAUAUAAAUGCAGAGUUGGCGGAACAUGUGAAGGACAUGGAAACACUGCACUUGCUGGCAAAGGAGCUUUCUAACUCUGGCCCAGAGGGAAGCGAAGCUCUAAUUCAGGGCAAGAUGGCAAACCUGUCUAACACAUUUAAUACCUUUAAGGACACGGUGAAAGAGAAAGAGGAGGAGGUGUUGUCUUGCCAGGACCAGCUGGGUGAGUUCAAAGCAGCUGCAGGGGUGCUGAUGAAGUGGCUGGACGAGACAAAAGAACAAGUGCCUAUGGUUCAGCCCAACUGCAGUGAACAGGGCCUGGGAAAUGACGUGAAGAAAGUCAAUGGCUUGCUAGAAGAAUGGACUGCUAAAGCUCCUGCUGUCCAAGACAUAAAUAGCAAAGGGUCUGCAUUGUGUACCCUAAUCAGUGUUUUGACAUCACCAGCCAAAGCCAGAAUGCAUCAUAAAUCAGGUUCAGCAGUCAGUAAUGGAUCAGGUCCAGGAGGUUCAUAUCUGCCGAACAAAGAACUGAUGCUGGUGGAGCAGAACAUGUCCAGCAUCAAUGAGGAUUAUAGCAGCCUUGGGGAGCUGCUGAAGACCAGGUCUUCAGAGCUAAGUGCUCUGUUGCAAAAGGUCCAAGGGGUCCAGCAUGAAGCUCAGUCAACACUGCAGUGGCUGGAGAACAUGAAGAAAACAGCUGCCUCUUGGAACUCGGAGCCAGCAGGCAAAGACUCAAUGAAAAUGCAAAUCGAGCGGCAGAAAGCUUUUGAGGAAAAUAUGCACCAGAAACAACAGCAGUACCAAGAGCUGAGGGAGAAGUUACUCCACCUGAUAGAGGAAAGCCCUGAUUCACCUGAGGCAGAAAAAUGGAAGAACAUGCUGAAACAGAUGGAUGAAGUCUGGGAGGAGGUCAAGGGAUCUGUGGAGAACAGGAAGCAGCAUCUGGAGGAGUCUUCCCGCAUGCUGGAGCUCUUCCAGACUAAUCAACCUCAGCUCUCACAGUGGCUUCUAGAGAAAGAUCUAAUGAUGAGUGUUUUAGGCCCGCUAUCUAUGGACCCCAAUAUGCUCAACACACAGAAGCAACAGGUCCAGAUUCUUCUGAAAGAGUUUGAAGGCCGCAAACCUCAAUACGAUCAGCUGAUUGAAGCUGCCAAGGUUAUCAUUUCUGCGUCAGGGAAUCAGGAUCCUACUGGAGAGAAGGUAAAGAAACAGCUGGAUGCUAUCACCCAGAAGUGGCAGGACUUGACAAGUCAGCUGUCUGAGCGUGAUGCCCUCAUUCAGCAAGCCGUGGGUAAGACCACUCAGUUCCAGGAUCUUCUGCGGCAGCUAGGUGAGAGUGCCGCAGACCUGGAGCUUCAGCUAAAUGGCCAGCAGACCCUCAGCACACAGCCUGAUGCUGUCAAGAAGCAGCUAGAAGCCACUAAUGCUGUCCUGGCUAAGCUAUGCGAAGAGAAGAAGAGGCUAAAGGAGGCAGAAAGUCUCUGCUCUGAACUUUCAGCUCUAGUUACUGAGGAGUAUCUCAGAGCCAACCUCACAGCACAGCUGGAAAGCAUCUCCAAACCCUUUAAGAUGCUUGAAGACAAAGCAGGAAAGCGGAUUCAACAUCUAACCUCCACCUUUGCAAGCUCUCAAGAAUUCCACCGAACAUCUAAAGACUUCCAGGGCUGGAUAGAGCAAACGCUCAAGGAUCAGGCUGAGCCUCAGUCAGUCUCAACCAAGGAGGAGACUCUGUUACAAAGUCUAAAGGAGCACAGUGCUAUCCAAAGUGCUUUGAAUGAACAAGAAGAACAAUACAACAACAUUAUGCGGGAAGCAGAGGCUCUCCUACAGAACACGGAGGGAGAGGAAAAGUUGGCCCUCCAAGGACAGCUCUCAGCCCUCAGGUCCAACUGGGAGCAAGUAAAGCGUGGUUCCAUGGAAAGGGAAGAGAAGCUCAAUGCUGCUAUGGAGAGGGCCAGAAAAUACAAAGAACAUGCAGAGAGCUUGGGAACUUGGCUACAGGAGUGUGAAGACAGGAAAAACGAGGCAAAUUUCAGCAUAAAUCCUGUAGAAGUUGAGAACUCCCUCUCACAGGUAAAGGCCAUCCAGCGAGAUGUGGACAAACAUCGAGGUCAGAUGGAGUUGCUGAACGUAGCUGCUGACAGCCUUCUAGAGGUGGCCACAGCAGAUGUAGAUGAUGUGAAGGAAGAGAAGUUCGUUAUUGGGCAGAACAUGGAUAAGUUGAUUGAAGGGUUGCAGCUUAAGAAAGAAACUCUUGAGAAGCUCUCACAGAAGCUAAAAGAGUUCAGUGACACACACAAAGAACUUUCAGACCAAAUGGAUGGUGCCAGAAAGCAACUAGAACAUCACUCUAGUCUUGGUGUACAAGGUUAUAGUAACAAGAAUCUAACUAACAUGAAAGCUCAGCAGAAAAACUUAGAGGGUGUCCAGAACCAGAUAGAGAACCUCAAAAGCGUAGCUCAAAAUUUAAUUGUGGAUGUACCAGAGGUUGAAGGGGUGGUAGAUCUCCUCCUUCAGGCAGAUACUUUGGAGAAAGAGCACAGCUCCCUCAGUAAAGCAAUUGAAGACAAAUGCAACACAAUGGAGAACAAACUGCAGGGCAUUGGGCAGUUUCAGGACAGCAUUCGGGAGAUGUUUACCACUUUCGCAGACCUGGAUGAUGAAUUGGAUAGUAUGGGCCCAGUAGCCAGAGACCUGAAAACUCUACAAGAGCAACAAGGAACCAUCCAAAACUUUGUGACAAAACUCCAGGAUCUGAUGACCAAUACAGCUAGUGCCAGAGAUAACUGCAAGAAGAUGCUAGAGUCAGAGGCCUCACCAGAUCUCCUGGGCCUGAAGAGAGACUUAGAGGCCCUGAGCAAGCAAAGCAGCAAACUGAUGGACCGUGCCAUUGGAAGGAAAGAGCAGGUUGAGGAAACGCUGAAACAAUUGCAGGACUUUUACCACAAGUUGGACACUUUUACAACGCAAAUGGCUGCUGCAGAAGAGCAAGAAGAAUCCCAAGGGCCAGUUGGAAUGGAGACAGACUUUAUUAACCAGCAGCUGGAGGCUUUCAAGGUUUUCCAGAAAGAGACGAUCGACUCACUGCAAACGCAAUUGCAAGAGGUGAACUGCAUAGGCCAGGGGCUUAUUCAGAAUGCUUCCAAAGGGACCGACACUAUAGCCCUUGAGCGUGACCUGGAGGAUGUCACUAUGAGAUGGAACACCCUGAAUAAAAAGGUAGCAGAACGUUCGGCGCAGCUUCAUGAAGCUCUGCUGCAGUGUGGAAAGUUCCAGGAUGCUCUCGAGUCCCUGUUCAGCUGGCUUAAAGACACAGAAGAACUGGUGGCCAGUCAGAAACCUCCGUCAGCAGAGUUUAAAGUUGUCAAAGCACAAAUACAAGAACAGAGGCUCUUACAGAAACUGCUAGAUGACCGCAGACCCACAGUGGAGCUUAUUAAGAAGGAAGGAGGGAAAGUGCUGGAGAUGGCUGACUCUGUGGAUAAAGAGAAGAUUGGAAAGGAGAUUGAUAGCCUCGGGAAGAGAUGGGAUGCUUUGCUAAAGAAAGCUGAGAGCAGACGCAAACAGUUGGAGAGCAUUUUGGGGGUGGCCCAACAGUUCCAUGAGACCCUAGAGCCACUAACAGAGUGGUUAACUGCUACAGAGAAAUGCCUGACCAGUUCCGAGCCCAUCGGCACCCAGACCGCUAAGCUUGAAGAGCAGAUCUCCCAACAUAAGGCUUUAGAGGAGGAGAUUAUAGGGCACAGUAAGAGCUUGUACCAGGCAAUAAGUCUUGGUCAGGAUCUGCGGUCACUCAGCUGUGUGGAUGAUAAAGAGCUCAUCCAGGCUAAACUGGACAGCACUCAGGGCAGCUACAUCGAGUUGCAGGAACGCUGCCGCAUGAAGGCUGAGCUGCUACAGCGGGCCCUGGCUAACGCACGGCUGUUUGGAGAGGACGAAGUGGCACUCAUGAACUGGCUGGACGAAAUACACGGCAGACUGAGCCACAUCUCUGUACAGGAUUACGCACCGGCCAUACUGGCAAAACAGCAUGCUGACCAGCUGGCACUUCAUGAAGAUAUUGAGUUAAGGAGACAGCAUGUUGAACAGGCCCUACAAAAUGGACUUGAGCUGCUCAAACAGACCACAGGCGAUGAAGUCGUCAUCAUUCAGGGCAAACUGGAUGGAAUAAAGACAAGAUAUGCUGACAUAAGCACAAUGAGCAAUGACGUCAUGAAGACCCUUGAUAAAGCCCUGUCUCUGGCUAACAAGGUACAACAUACGCAUGAGGAGCUGCGCAUCUGGUUGGAGAAAGUGGAGUCUGAAUUGGCCACUUUCGGAGCUCAGGAGCCAGUGGGAGAGCAACUCACUCAGGUGCAAGAGAGGCAGAAAGCAUUACUGAAGGAGGUUCAAGAGCGCAAGUCAUUAGUAGACACACUGAAUGAAGUUAGCAGCGCUCUUCUAGAGCUGGUGCCAUGGCGUGCCCGAGAGGGGCUUGACAAACUGAUCACAGAGGACAAUGAGUGCUACAGGUCAGCAAGUGAUGCCAUCUCUCAGCACGUGGACCAGACUGGAGCUGCCAUCUUAAAAUCACAGCAGUUUGAGCAGGCUGCAGACACUGAAUUAGCCUGGCUGACUGACGCAGAGAAGAAGUUGUCAUCUCUAGGGGACAUCGAGCUUGAGGUAGAAAAGACCACAGCUCAGCUACAGGCUCAAAAGGGCUUCUCCAUGGACAUUAUGAGACAUAAAGAUGCCGUGGAUGAUAUCACUAAGACAGGCGAGGCAUUAAUGGACAGCAAAGAUGAGACUGAGAAACAGGCUCUUAAGGCUAAGAUCCAGGCCCUCAUGGAGAAAUACAACACACUGAGUCAGUUGAACUCAGAACGCUGUCUGCAGCUGGAGAGAGCGCAUUCCCUGGCCUGCCAGUUCUGGGAGACCUAUGAGGAGCUGUGGCCAUGGCUGCAGGAGACUCGGGCCAACUUCACCCAGCUCCCUUCUCCUGCCAUUGAAUACGAGACUCUCAGACAGCAACAAGAGGAACUGAGGCAACUGAGGGAACUGAUUGCAGAGCACAAGCCUCAUAUAGACAAGAUGAACAAAACAGGCCCUCAGCUGGUUGAGAUCAGUCCACUGGAGGGUGAGCCCAUCAGGGAGAAAUUCCAGGUCACAGACAAGUUGUAUGCGCAGCUUAAAGCAGAUGUGACGCAAAGAGCUGCUGCCCUUGACGAGGCCAUCUCUCAGUCUACACAGUUCCAUGAUAAGAUUGACCCCAUGCUGGAGUCUCUGAAUCGUAUAGCCGAGCGUUUGCGCCAGCCCCCCUCCAUCUCUGUGGAAGUGGAAAAGAUUCGUGAGCAGAUUUCUGAGAACAAAGCCGUGAAUAUGGACUUGGAGAAACUGCAACCAUCUUAUGAAACUUUGAAGCAGAGAGGAGAGGACAUGAUCACUCGCUCAGAGGGCGCAGACAAAGACCUGUCAGCCAAAGCGGUACAAGACAAACUGGAUCAGAUGGUAUUUGUGUGGAGUGACAUCCAUGCUCUGCUGGAGGAGAGGGAGGCUAAACUUCUGGACGUGAUGGACCUGGCUGAGAAGUUCUGGUGUGACCACUGUGCUCUCAUCAUCACUAUCAAAGACACACAGGACUUGCUCAAAGACCUGGAAGAACCUGGAGUCGACCCCUCUGUGGUUAAACAGCAACAGGAGUCUGUAGAGGGCUACCGAGAGGAGAUUGACGGUCUUCAGGAAGAACUGAAUGUGGUCCAGAAUCUAGGGGCAGAGCUGAUGACAGCCUGUGGAGAACCGGACAAACCUGUAAUCAAAAAGAGCAUUGAUGAGGUGAACACUGCGUGGGAGACUCUGAAUAAGACAUGGAAAGAACGAGUGGACAGAUUGGAGGAGGCCAUGCAGGCUGCUGUACAGUUCCAGGAUGGUCUUCAGGGCAUGUUUGACUGGGUGGAUAUUUUGGAGAGUAAACUGGAUUCCAUGUCACCUGUGGGCACGGACCUGGAAACUGUGAAACAGCAGAUUGAGGAGCUCAAGGAGUUCAAAGGUGAGGCCUACCAGCUUCAGAUUGAAAUGGAGAGGCUGAAUCACCAGGCAGGACUACUACUGAAAAAAGUACUGGAGGAAGGAGACCGCAUUGCCAUUCAGGAGCCUAUGAGUGAACUCAAAAUGCUUUGGGAUAACCUGGACGACAAGGUCAUCAACAGACAGCACAAGCUGGAAGGAGCCUUGCUGGCUUUAGGGCAGUUCCAACAUGCUCUGGAUGAGCUUUUGGCCUGGCUGACUCAUACUGAAGAGCUGCUUAGUGGACAGAAGAAAACCAGUGGUGACCCCAAAGCUAUUGAGAUAGAGCUGGCCAAACACCAUGUGCUCCAUAACGAUGUACUGGCCCAUAAGACAACAGUGGAGGCAGUUAACAAAGCUGGCAGAGAUUUGAUUGAGUCCAGUGCAGGAGAGGAGGCUUGUGGCUUGCAGAGCAAGCUGGAAAACCUUAACCAACGUUGGACAAGCAUCCUGGAGAAAACUGAGCAGAGGAGGCAGCUUUUGGACAGUGCCUUACUCCAGGCCCAAGGUUUCCAUGGGGAGAUUGAAGAUAUGCAACAAUGGUUGAAAGACACAGAAUGUCAGCUGUUAGCAUCAAAAGCAGUUGGAGGCCUACCAGACACAGCCCGCGAGCAGCUUAACACCCAUCUGGAGUUAUGUAAAGCAAUGGAGGUGAAGGAAGAACUCUACCAGAAGCUUCUUCUCAGAGGUCAGCAGCUGAAAGCCAUGGUCCCAGAGAACCAGGACAGCAGCACUGAGCAGGACCUCCACAACCUUCAAGAAAAGUGGGAAUGUGUGCAGUCCAAAGUGGCUGAGAGAAAGGUAAAACUGGAAGAGGCAUUAGCGAUGGCCACAGAUUUCCAUAAUUCUCUGCAGGACUUCAUUAACUGGCUGACUCAAGCAGAGCAGACCCUCAACAUUGUCUCUCCAGCCUCCCUCAUCCUUGAAACCAUCUUGUUCCAGAUUGAUGAACAUAAAAUCUUUGCGACUGAGGUCAACUCACACCGGGAUCAGAUCAUUGAACUGGAUAAGACAGGCACCCACCUGAAAUACUUCAGCCAGAAACAGGAUGUGGUCCUGAUUAAAAACCUGCUGCUAAGUGUACAAAGCCGCUGGGACAAAGUAGUGCAGCGUUCGGUGGAGCGAGGACGCCUGCUGGAUGACGCGAGGAAACGUGCCAAGCAGUUCCAUGAGAGCUGGACCAAGCUGAUGGAGUGGCUGGAGGAGUCGGAGAGAGCUCUGGACUCCGAGCUGGAGAUCGCUAAUGACCCCGACAAGAUCAAAAUGCAGCUAGCUCAGCACAAGGAGUUCCAGAAGGCCCUGGGUGGCAAACAUUCUGUUUACGACACCACCAGCCGAACAGGCCGAGCCUUGAAGGACAAGACCUCACUCCAGGAUGACACCCAGAAACUGGACGACAUGCUCUGCGAGCUCAGAGACAAAUGGGACACGAUUUGUGGCAAGUCUGUAGAAAGGCAGAACAAGCUGGAGGAAGCUCUGCUGUUCUCAGGCCAGUUCACUGACGCUCUGCAGGCUCUGAUCGACUGGCUUUAUAAAAUAGAGCCGCAGCUGGCAGAGGACCAGCCUGUGCAUGGAGACAUUGAUUUGGUGCUGAACCUGAUAGACAGUCACAAGGUGUUUCAAAAAGAACUUGGAAAGAAGACCAGCUCUGUACAGGCUCUGAAACGUUCAGCACGCGAGCUGAUAGAGAGCAGCCAUGAUGACUCCUCCUGGGUCAAAGUUCAGAUGCAGGAGCUGGGUCUGCGCUGGGAGACGGUGUGCGCUCUCUCUGUGCAAAAACAGACACGGCUGGAACAAGCUCUGUGUCAGGCAGAGGAGUUCCACUCGACGGUUCAUAUCCUGCUGGAGUGGUUGGCUGAAGCAGAACAGAGCCUACGUUUCCAUGGGUCUCUUCCUGAGGACGAGGAUGCCCUGCGUGGCCUGAUUGAACAGCACAAAGAAUUCAUAAAGAAGCUGGAAGAAAAGAGUGUGGCUCUGGGUAAAGCCAUCAGCAUGGGUGAAGCCAUCUUAGCUAUCUGCCAUCCAGACUCCAUCACCACUGUGAAACAUUGGAACACCAUAAUUAAAGCCCGAUUCGAGGAGGUCACAGCAUGGGCACGGCAGCAUCAGCAGAGGUUAUCUAGUGCUCUGAGCGAGCUUAUGGCUACUCAAGAGCUGCUGGAGAAUCUGCUGAGCUGGUUACAGUGGGCAGAGACCACACUCACAGAGAAAGACAAGGAGGCCCUGCCUCAGGAGAUCGAAGAGAUCAAAGCUCUCAUCACUGAGCAUCAGACCUUCAUGGAGGAGAUGACCAGGAAACAACCAGAUGUGGACAAAGUCACUAAAACUCAUAAAAGGAAACCCACAACUGAUGCACCAGUUCAGUCUCAGAUUCCAGUACUGGAAAAAGGAAGAACAGGCCGAAAGAGAUCCCAGGCCCAGUCCAUGUAUCCAGCGACAGUCCAGGCUCCAAUAGAGACUAAGAACCCCAGAGUGAACCUGUUGGUGAGCAAAUGGCAGCAGGUCUGGCUUUUGGCGCUGGACAGGAGAAGAAAACUCAACGAUGCACUGGAUCGACUAGAGGAGCUGAAAGAGUUCGCCAACUUUGACUUCGAUGUCUGGAGGAAGCGCUACAUGCGAUGGAUGAACCACAAGAAAUCACGAGUCAUGGACUUCUUUCGGCGCAUGGAUAAGGACCAGGAUGGGAAAGUCACCAGGCAGGAGUUUAUUGAUGGGAUUCUUUCUUCAAAGUUUCCCACCAGUCGACUGGAGAUGAGUGCUGUAGCGGACAUUUUUGAUCGUGAUGGUGACGGCUACAUUGACUACUACGAGUUUGUUGCUGCUCUGCAUCCAAACAAAGAUGCCUACAAACCACUUACUGAUGCUGAUAAGAUAGAAGACGAGGUAACACGCCAAGUGGCAAAGUGCAAGUGUCCUAAACGGUUCCAAGUGGAGCAAAUUGGUGCGAACAAAUACCGGUUCUACCUUGGAAACCAGUUUGGAGACUCGCAGCAGCUCCGGCUGGUGCGGAUCCUGCGCAGCACUGUUAUGGUGCGGGUGGGAGGAGGCUGGAUGGCGCUUGAUGAGUUCCUGGUCAAGAACGACCCGUGUAGAGUUCAUCACCACGGGAGUAAAAUGUUGCGCUCGGAAUCAAACUCGUCCAUUACUCAGUCUCCUAUAGCUAAAGGUAGGACCAACGUGGAGUUGCGUGAGAAAUUCAUACUUCCAGAAGGGACCACUCAAGUGAUGGCCAGCUUUCGCUACAGAGGUCGAAGGUCACGACCGUCCUCGAGGGGUGCCUCUCCGAAUAGGUCAAACUCAAGCCACAGCUGUCCUGCACAACCCAACCCUGCUGCGCCUGGUACACCGAAGACUCUCCAACAUUUAACCCGCAAUUAUGAUAAACCCUGGCUGACAAACAGCAAAUCAGCUACUCCCUUAAAGUCAUCCGACUCUUUUGAGAGCCAGGGGUCAUCUAAUGAGAGUACACCCAUCCAAGGCAGCAAGCUCCGGCUGCCUGGCUAUUUGUCAGGAAAAGGUUUCCAGUCUGGAGAGGAGGGAACCCUGAUAAACGCUGCUAUUCUGAAAGCAAGAAGUCAGGCUGCUGGACACAGUAAGAUUCCCAGCAGGCCUGGCAGCAAGGCAGGGAGCCGUGGAAGCAGCCGGCGAGGGAGCGACGCCUCCGACUUUGACAUCUCCGAUAUCCAGUCUGUCUGCUCUGAUGUGUCGGAGACAGUGAUGGACUCUGCAAGGCCACGCUCAUCUCCACGCCAGCCUGGAGUCAAACCCUCCAAAAUCCCUACACCACAGAGGAGGAGCAUGGCCAGCAGCAAACUAGCCAAAACCACGACCAAGAGAUAGUCAGCAGUUGGCUUCUCUUUACAGCACUGUGCUGGAACACACUGGACAAAAACUGGACUCCAGAAGACACUAAAAACGGCAAACUGUCCUUAUUUAAAAUGAACAAGUAGCAAGUUGUAAAUUAUAAACGAAAAACAAAACAAAAAAAAAGUGUAGCAAGUUGUAAAUUAU